AUGGCGAAUCAGUUUAAUGCUUUUGCAAGGGCAGAGGAAUUAAUCUCUAGUCCAUUCUUCGUUCAUCCUGGUGAGAGUCCCUCGCUCGUUCUUGUUUCAAAUUUGCUUACUGAAAGCAAUUAUCAUUCCUGGUAUAUAUCUAUGAGAAUGUCUUUGAUUUCUAAGAAUAAAUAUAAGUUUGUUGAUGGAUCUAUUGUUCCUCCUCUACGCAAUGAUGAAAUUUUUGCUGUUUGGGAAAGGUGUAAUACCUUAGUUAUGUUCUGGUUAUAUAGAUCUGUUUCACAGACUAUUGCUGAUAGUGUAUCUUGUAUGGAUAGUGCAUUAGAAAUCUGGAAUGACUUGAAAGAUCGUUUGUCUUUGGGAGAUGCUUGUAGAAUUGGAGAUUUACAAGAAGAAUUCUUUACAUAUAAGCAGAAUACACUUAGUGUUAAUGAGUAUUUUACUCAUCUGAAAACAAUUUGGGAUGAACUGAAGAGCCUUAGAUCUUUACCUUUAUGUACCUGUGAGCCUAAAUGUUCUUGUGGUCUAAUUGAGACAGUUGAGAAGAAUACAUCUAAUGAUCAUGUGAUAAGAUUUGUAAAGGGAUUGAAUGACAGUUUUGGAACAAUUAAAACACAAAUCUUGAUGAUGAAACCAUUACCAAAGAUAAACAAAGCAUUCUCCAUGGCAGUUCAAUUUGAAAGACAGUUGAUAGGCUUUAGGGUCAAACCAACAGUUGAUGCAAAUGCUUUUAUGGCCAAAGGUUUUUAUGAAGCCAAUUAUGAUGACUCUGGUUAUGAGUCUAAUGUCUGUUAUGCUAGAGGGAGAGGCAUUAAUAGUUACAGAUCUGGAAAUGUUAGAGGAAGAGGUAAUUACAUGCCAAUUCCAGCCUUGAAGCAGAAAUUAUGUUCAUAUUGUGGACUUACAAAUCAUACUAUUGAUUACUACUACAAGAAACAUGGCUAUCCUCCUGGAUUUCAACCAAAAUUCAGAGGAGAAAGUAGCUAUGCAAACCAGAUACAACUUGCUGAGCAACAAUAUCAAGAUCCAUCAGAAGAGCAAGCUGAAAUUUACAGAGAUGCACAUAGAACAAACUUGCAUGCACAGCAAGAAAUGCAUAACAAUCAGAUUUUUCCUUUCACCCCUGAUCAGUAUCAGAAAAUCAUGAGCCUCAUACAACCUCAAGAAAUUGAAACUGUAGCUCACAUUAACUCUCUCUCAGCUACUUUUCAGCCCAACAUAGAAGAACAAGGUACUAUGCAUACUUGUUACUUCUCUGCUAAAGGUUAUAGAGAUACAUGGAUCUUGGAUACUGGUGCAACAGAUCACAUAAUCUGCAAUUUAAAGUUUUUUAAAACUUUUAAAGAAGUCUCAAAUGUUCAUGUCAAGCUUCCAACAGGACAAUUGAUUCCUGUUUCUCACAUUGGUUCAGUUCAGCUAAAUCCUAACCUGUUGUUAUGCAAUGUUCUUUUUGUGCCUCAUUUCAACUUCAACUUGAUCUCUGCAAGCAAGUUGACAGACAACAGGAAAUUACUCUUAUGA